AUGUCGACUUUCGAAGCUAGCGAACCCAAGGUCGAGGAGACCAAGCCUUUCGAGGCCUUCGAGACUACGGGCGAAACUACGGCCACCGAGGCCACUGGCACCGAGCCCAACACUGCUGAGGCUACCGAGGCUGAGGCUACCUUGUCGGAGCCUACAGCUACCGAGCCUGCGGCGGCCGAGGAGCCCGCUGCCACUGAGACUGAGACCAAGGAAGAUGUGCCAGUCACCUCCUCCGCCGUCUUCUCCAUGUUUGGUGGCGGCGCCAAGAAGGAGAAGAAGGAUGAUGAAGACCGUGGCGACAACUCUGGCAGCGCCAAGGCCCAGCGCGAUGCCGCCAAGGCUGAGGGCGAAGAGGAGGCUCCUGAAAGCGAGGACGUUCACUUUGAGCCCGUCAUCAAACUGACGGAGAAGGUCGAGACCAAGACCAACGAGGAGUCUGAGGAACAGCUUUUCAAGAUGCGCGCUAAGCUCUUCCGCUUCAUCAAGGAGUCCAACGAGUGGAAGGAGCGUGGCACCGGCGAUGUCCGUCUGCUUAAGCACAAGGAGAAUGGCCGUACGCGCCUGGUGAUGCGUCGUGAUAAGACGCUCAAAGUCUGCGCCAACCACUACAUCGUGCCCGACAUGAAGCUGGCUCCCAACGUCGGCUCGGAUCGCUCUUGGGUAUGGAACGCAGCUGCCGACGUCAGCGAGGGCGAGCCUGAAGCGGUGACCCUGGCUAUUCGCUUCGCGAACUCGGACAAUGCCAAUGAGUUCAAGGACGCCUUCCUCAAGGCCCAGAAGGAGAAUGAGGAGCUCUUCAACCAGGCCGAAGCCGAGGCCACUGCCUAA